AUGGAGUCUUUCCUGCAGAUAGCACCUCACUCCCUGGCCAUCGUAUUGACUCGGGUCGGCACGGGUGAUUCGACUGCUGUGUCGGAGAGCGAGGAGCUUCCGCGCCAUCACACCGGCUUUGAGAUUUUUGCGGAUUUUAAAACUGAGAACACACAACACGUUUGGAAUCAAUUAACAUCGGACGCCAUAUCGGAGACGUUUUUCCUGGGCUGGAUUGACAAGCACGUGUUGUUGAUACAGGGUAAAGAGGAUCACCUGGAGGUGCUCAGAGAGGGAUGGAUGAAGAGGUCUCUCAAUCCUCCGCGAGGCUUCCACAUCAAAUAUUUAGGUAAGCAAAACAAUGGCAUUGUGUACUUAAAAUAUAUUAAUUAUUGCAUGCAACAUGUUGCUGAUGACAUUGUUUAAAUUUAUAUCCUGUUGUGUUUUUUAUUUAUGCUAUGCAGCACACCAGCAUCCAUUCAUCACCAAUGCAUGCAAAUAAGAAGCGACGUUCACCACCGGUUGGCCAUUUAGGGCUGCAUUCAAAAUCUUCAAUGUUAGUUUUGCAACACAUUUAGACAUGUUGUUACUUUUACAACUGUCUAAGCACGAAUAUCCGAAACAUACAUCUGAGUCAAGAUCUCUCCUCAGGCCUGGGGCUUUUUCAACCUCUAUCGAUCAAAGACAAGCCAGUAUUCACUAAACACAGAGGUUAUUCUGCCGCAGAACUGUUAGCAACGUGCUUUAUCUGCUCUGUCAACUGUUAAAAAACCUUGAAUGCACCUCGUAGGAGGAGAGAGACUUGACUCCAUUUAUCAAUAGAAUGAUAAUUAUGGUAAUACAUUCUGGUGAUAUAAGUUUACAGAUCCAGGUUUGGCUGCAAUGAUAAAUGGAUUAUUGGUGUAUUAUGUGUUUAUGUUUACGAAUUUAUUGUUAAACAUUUAUUUAGUUAUUAGGUUACAACUCAACCUGCAAAAGUCACAUGUUAGGCUAUAGUCACAUGUUAGGCUGUAGAAUAUGGAAGAUAUGAUUGUCAACAUUUAGCCUAUAACAUUGUUAUUACCAUGUUGUAUUACAACAUUUCUCCAAACUCCAUAUCAGCAGGCCUACGUGACCCACUUGUGUGUGUGUGUGUGUGUGUGUGUGUGUGUGUGUGUGUGUGUGUGUGUGCAUUCUGUACUGUAGAGAAUGAAUGAGUGCUUUAUCACAAACAUUCCUCCCUUUUAUUCUUCCCAAUCAGAGCAGAAACAUCACACACUUUGAUUUGCACACACAUAUUUUUUUCUCCUAGAAAGGCAUAUUCUCAAAAUAGCAGUAGAGUCUAGUGUUUGCUAUCGCUUCAGGCAUACUAGCCAGGUGUAGCCUUUGCCUAUGUGGUAGAAAAAAAAGAAAAAAUAUAGCCCUAUAUGCAUUGGGAAGCAGGUGGGAAAUAUAGGCUACAUAAGUACCCACAUUUCAAACUUAUCAAAAACAAAGUGUUGUCGGUAUGUGUUUUUGCUCUAUCUGAUGCUGUAGACUACCUCUCCUUUUCUCUAGGAUGA